CAGAAAGGGCGUGUUGUCUCUAUAAAAACCGUUGGUUUGACACAGAUUACACAGACGCUCUUUACCUGCAAACGACAUCGUCACUGUGCAUCUGUGCACCAGAAGCCUUCCAAAAUGUCAGACAACCCAGUCAAAGGUGAGGUGGAGUGUUUUGACAAAAAAAAGCUGAAGAAAACUUUAACAGCAGAAAAGACCAUACUUCCAACCCAAGAGGUAAUUGACCAGGAGAAGAAAGGGCAAUGUCAAGCAUCAUCAUAAUCCCUCCCAUUCAUUCCUGCUCCAUUACCUGCUCCUCCUCCAGAAUGAUCGUCUCCACUUCCUCCUCUGUUUUCUGUGCUGCCAUGUUUGAUUUGAAAAGGUGUUCAGGUGGGCGCUUUUGGGGUCAGAUCUGUCCUCAACUACAAUGAUUUACUAAUGCAGUGGUUGAUUUUUGUAAUGUUAUUUCCAUGCUGUUUUGAAGUUGAAAUCACAUGAUUUGGCCGUGUAACGAUUCAGAAAGAAGAAACACUAGCUGUAUAGAUGGAAAUGAAAAUAAUUAAAAUUGUUAGCCUUAACUAAAGUGCAUCUGUAAAUUUUGCCAUUCAGAACACGUUCUGGAAAAUAAUCAGGAAAUGUAAUUUUGUUUUAAUAAAAUGUAUGAAAAAUG